GUGUCAUGUAUUGGCGUUAAUUCACUAUGCGACACUGACGUCCUUCGGUAAUAUUCGCUUUUGAACUCUAAAAGCAAUCCGUGGAGACAGUAGGCAGAUGUGGACAGGUGUUCACAUUCACCAAUUCGUGUGUUUGAAUACUUAGAACCAAGUCAAAGCGAAAUCAUUCCGUUGUCCUUGGAAAUGAGGCUACCAGAAAAACCCCAAAUCGGCCGAUUAGGCUGGGAAGUUAAGAAAACACUCCGGAAGAAGCCAAUUGCGAAUUACUUCCGUACUAUUACCAAGACAAACGUACUGACACGUCCAUACAGCCGCCAGUAGAGUCAUUGAAAGGAGCUUUAACUUUACGCAUGCGCAAAGAGACGCCUCAGCAGUAGCUGCAGUUACCAAAAAGUAAAGCUUCAAGAAAGUGGGCGGGCAAAAACAACCAGGAUUGAGUCACGCCUCUCAGCACCAACGUCAGUUUUCUGCGCAAGCGUACUGACAAAGGGGGUUAAUGCGGCCGGAACGGAUGUUUAUCCUGAGCUUGCGGUGAGAGUCCUUCCGCGAUUCUGAUUGGCCUUUCUGGCAAUUGUGCAUGCCAGGAAGAUGUAGAAGCGACCAAUAGGAAGUCCAAAGGGAAGGGCUACGGGGGUUGCCUGGCUGCCGGUAGCUGCAGCCAUUUUUGCUGCGGGGAGUGGGGGGGGGGGAAGGCUCUUACAUAUGAAGCCCAGCAGCCGUCGGCAGGAGUACUACAGAUCAGGCGGCGAUCAUGUUGCGGCUGCGUUGUAAAGCGCGGAGUGGGUCCUUUCCGCUUCCCGGCCUCACGGCACAUUCCCGUCUACACGAACUCCAGGCCGUGAUUGCUGCCUUCACCGGUGUCCCCAUCCAGGCCCAGCGCCUCCUGCUCGGCUUUCCCCCCUCGUGCCUCGACCUCAGUGAUGGAGAGCAACGCCUCGGAGAGCUGGGCAUUCAUUCGGGUGAUACUCUAAUAGUUGAAGAAGAUGCAACCAAGCCCAAGAGUGAUUCAUCUAUAGUUACAAAGCGGACUGUUUCUAAUUCAGUUAGAGAAGCUGUACCUGUGCUUGCCCGAAAGGUUGUUCCAGCUGACAACUCGUGUCUUUUUACCAGCAUAUAUUAUGUAGUAGAAGGUGGGGUUUAUGAACCAGGCUGUGCCCCAGAAAUGAGAAAUCUCAUUGCCCAAAUUGUAGCAAGUGACUUGGAAUCCUAUAGUGAGGCAGUCCUAGGAAAAAAUAAUCAGGAAUACUGUGACUGGAUCAAAAGAGAAGAUACAUGGGGAGGAGCAAUUGAGGUUUCUAUUUUGUCUAAAUUCUACCAGUGUGAAAUUUGUGUAGUUGAUACCCAGACAGUCAGAAUUGAUCGUUUUGGGGAAGAUGCUGGCUAUGCUAAACGGGUGCUUUUAAUUUAUGAUGGUAUUCACUAUGAUCCACUUGAGCGUAAAAUCCCCAACACAGACAUUCCUCCCCAGACAAUUUUUUCCGCAACCGACGAUGUUGUCCUUGCACAGGCUUUGGAAUUAGCAGACGAAGCCAGAAGAAAAAGACAGUUUACUGAUGUAAAUCGGUUUACAUUGAGAUGUAUGGUUUGCCAGAAAGGAUUAACAGGGCAAAUGGAAGCCAGAGAACAUGCCAAGGAGACGGGACACACCAAUUUUGGAGAAGUGUGAAUUUUCUAUGAGGUUGGUCAUGUUUACUACCUCACUGAUCCAGAAUGAGCCAUCAGGUUUUUAAAUAAGCUAUAUGUAAUGUUACAGAUUCACUCAGAAAGCCCUAAAUUUAAUUAUGGCUGAUAUGCACAGGGUUGCAGUUGAUAGUGUAAAAUGUUUACAAGAGUGCAUACAGUGGUGUCAUAUUUUCCAAGGAUCUUGGAGUAUUCUUUUGCACAACUAAGAACUAGAGAUAGCAACUGAUACUAACAGGUGUAUCAACUCUUGAAAAAAAAUCUGAGCAUCUGCUGAAGAAAUUCCUCUAACACAGCUGAAUAUAUGCAUUGCUGUAGCUAGCUAGGCCUGCAUCAAGGACUUUAGAUCACUGAUGAAAUAAAAAUCUCAGCUCCUUACUGGAUUUUUGAUUGUGGAAUCUAUGAAAUAGUUAAGCUGGUUUCAUUCAUAUCUGGUAAAAAUACCUGCAUCUCAGUUUUGUUCAUGUGAAAUGUGUAUGUUUUUGUAACUUAAAGCAGUAAUUCCAAAGCUAUUUUAUUUGAAAUUGCUGAUUUAGAAAACUAUGCGUGUAAAAAUAAGGAAUGCGAGUUAUAUCUUCAGCAGUCUUAGAAAGUGAAGCUACUAAUAAGUUUGGAUAAUUCCAUAGUGCCUAAUGUAUCAGUAUACAUUAAUUAUAUUUUUAAAAGGUAUAAUCUGUUGGGGUGUUAAUAUGAAUAAAUAGGGCCUUUAAAACUAACAAACUCAGCAAUAUGAAUCAGAUAAAUAAUAUACUGCAGUUAUAAUAUUUCAGGGGGAGGCUGUUUCAUGACAUCAGAUUGUUUAAUUUAAUGUUAAAUCUUAGGGGCAGAGUGGUAAGUUUCCAAAUUAUCCUUUUGUAAGUAUGACACUGUCCCUGAUAAUUGUCAAAUUAUUCCCCUUAAAAGCAGUAUAUUUAUCAUAGAACAUGGGUAUCAAACUCUCCGCCUCAUAUAACAUGUUGCAAUGUAUCACAACUUUUUUUGCAUUGCCGGAGCUGGGGUGGACGCGGCCUCAGCAUGAUGCAACUGGCCCACCGGCCGGCAGUUUGACACCCCUGUCAUAGAAGAAAACAUGAAGUGUUAAAGUUUUGGACCUAAUUUGUGAGCUGAUAGUCAAUGUGAAAAUGCACUUUUUAAUCAGUUCAGAGAUCUGAAGUGAAUCGAGUGAUUUACAUAUUCUUUCUUGUAACUGACAAAAUCUGGCAUGCUAUACUUAAGGUGUUUUAGAUUUUUUCCAGUGACUUGUAAACUAACAGUACAAUUUUUUUGUAUUUGAAUCAGAUACUUUGAGUUAGUAUAUACUGAAGUGAAAAUUCUCAAUCUGGAAACAUCAAAGAGAUCUGCAAUCACUCAUUUCCCCAUAUAUGAUGGGUUAAAUAAUGUUAACUAAAGAUAAUUGUAGGUCUUAAAUGGAAAACAAUAAUUACUAAAUUAUAUGUUGAUUUUAAGUUAAUAAGACAUGAAAGGUGAUAUCCUAUGCACAUCUGCUCAGAAGUAAACCCAAAGUAGUGGACUCCCAGGAAAGUCAGUUACAACUACACUAGCUAGUUUAGAGAUAUUAAGGAUAACUCAGUUAAUACUAAUAAAGUGGUACUUUUGCCAAAAGCCUUAAAAAAAACAACUGCAAUUGUACUUGCUACAGUAUAGGAAAAUGUUACCAAACUCACUACUGCAUGCUUUUAUUGGCCAAAAAGACUAUUAGACAAGAAUAUUUAUUUAAAGUUCCUCUUUAAAUAACAGAAUCAAAACUAUAGGAAAUAAAAUUAUUUUACAAUUAAUAUUGGUACUGAUCUCUUUAAAGUCUAAAAUCAGGUUAGUUGACCUUAAAAUCCUGUACAUAUAUACUUAGACAUAAAUAAACACUGGAGAUUGUUUCUAUCAGAGACAUGUACACACACACAAAUACAUACAACCCUAUUCAAGAAUUUUUUUACAGCACGAUUGCCAAAUAUGGUUUGAAAAAUAGAGUAUACAAAACAUGGAAGUGUAAUAUAUUAAGCAUUUAAUCUGUAACCAUAUAUCUACAUUUACUUGGAAAAACAUUAAAAUUAGACAUUUAGAUAACUGAAGAAAAGAUGUAUUACGACACUUGAAUAUAUUAAUAUAAUAAGGCCUUUAAACCUUGUGGUUUGGGAGGAGGAAUCAUAUUUGUUCACAGAUGGAGAUUGCAGUUAAACCUAGAGACUGUAUUAAUCUCAUCUUGUUUCCUUUAGAAUUGAUUAAAUGCACCUAUCAAAGGUGAUGAGAAACUGACCUGUUUAUAUUCCAUUUAAGUAAAGGUGCUAAGUGAAAGUUA